UCGUCGACGGACCGCACUAUAUACAUGCCCGUCAACUCGUCCUCUAUGAAUACUGUUGCUAUUUAACGUCUUUAGCGGGUUGAUCGUUUUUGUCCAGCGGUUUUAACAAUAUCUGAAUUAUUAUAUAACCGUUGAUUGACGGUUAAACGAUGACAUCCAGAGGGACGCCGAGUCGGUUCCUUCAAAGCGUUCUUCAGAACGGUGUCGGUCGGUAUGUCUGCCAGCUGAAACGGAUCUCCAUCAUCUUCUCCAAAAAUGCACAGAGCUCGUUGGGAGUCAGGGAGUUUAUUGAAGAGGGAGUGGUGGAUUAUGCCAAGAAGAACCCUGCAACUGUCGUGUAUGUGUCUCCUCAGGCAUGCAGGAUACCCAAAAUAGUUGCAGAAUACUUAAACGGCAACGUGAGGGAAGAAAUCGUCACAAGCAAAACAUCUCCGCAGAUUUCAGAGCUCUUGACCAAGCUGACCAAUCAGUCUGGCCUGGACGUCAUCCGCAUCCGCAAGCCCUUCCACACAGACAACCCCAGUAUCCAGGGCCAGUGGCACCCAUUCACCAACCGGCCCCUGUCUAUCGGCCCCAUCAGGCCACAGAAACAGAACUCCGAAUAAGGACUAACUUAAAGUUUGAAGUUUGAGUUUAAAGUCAGAACCUUUGUGCUUAAUUUCUCAUUACUCUUGCAAGAUAUGUCCUUUUUUUUAAAAGUGUCUGCAAUCUAAAUUAUUAUCACAGGUCAGGUGGUUCUCAUUUUUGCAGCAAUUUUCCAUUUUGUUUGUUGGAUAAUUCUGCAGAAGACCCCACUAUCGACUGAAUAUUUUUUACCUUGCCCUUCUGUCUGGUGGUGGCAGCAAAGCCACUUUGGCUGUGCAGGAAAGUGCACACAGCACCAGCUCUGAAUGCCACAUUUAAAUAGGUUUUACAUGAAUCCACCAGAGGCUUGUCAGCUGGCAUAUUAAAAAGCAGAUAACCGUUUAAUCUUAAGGUUAUUUGAAGAUUAGUGUAAUAAACUGCAUCACUUCGAGAGCAAAUGUAUGAAAUAAAGAAAAUAUUUUUUGUGCAAAUGAUGGCAUUUGUGUUUAAAUUUAGAUUUUCUUUCGUUGUAUUUGAACAGCUUGUCAGAAAAAGAUCAACACAGCAAAACUGAUUGCAGUGGUGCUGUCUGCAUCGUUAAGUCUGACUGACUGAUUUAAGACAACACAGAUGUACACCUGUUUUUAUUUGUAUGAAACGGGUAAUGUAUGUUUUUACAGCUUAAUACUGAAGUUUGAAGGUUUCCUCUCUGCACAACCUUAAAUGAUCUUAAAUGAACAUGACAGAUGGUUGUGUGAUAGCUUGAGGGACAAGUCUUAACCUUCAGCACAGAGCUGUCCUCUAUCGGCUCUAAGAGGAACAGAAAACUAACACUUCUCUAGUGGGUGAUUUGUUUAAAUUUAACAAGGUGGAUGUUGGCAAAACUACUUGCUGCUUUCUUUGCAGUUUUUACCCUGAAUUCAUCAUUUUUGACUGCAAAAGGCAUGCCGGUUGACCCUACUUUCCCUCCACAGGUGACCUCUGUAUUCUUCUUAACAAAAAUACAUCCAUACAACCAAGUACUAGUCAUCAGAUGAAUACAAAUAAGCAGACUCCUAUGGAGUGAACGUGAAAGGUGCCCCCAGGACAGAUUGCUUGUUUCUGCUGAUUGAUGGAUACCAGUCUGCUGGCAUAUAUAACUCUGGCCGCAGGAAAUUGUUAGGCUAUCUGUGAAAAUUUAUGUAGGAUAAGAGCGUGAGAUGACUGCAGAGGAUGUUGAUGAGCGAGAGGCAGUGAAGCUGAGCUCUGCAGCGGGACACUGAUGCUGAUUUUACUAAUUUUCUCCCAAAUAUCUGUAUUUGAGUUGCGUUUAUGGAUGUGAAUGCCCUCUCCCUUUAACUUACCCUCAGACAUAUAGACUGCAGUUACUGUUUGUCACUGCUUAGCCAAUAGAAGUGGCUAACUUUACAUGAUCUCUAAACUUAUAUCACCAAACCAGACAUUGUGGUGGCUUUAGCUGUUUAGCCUGUUUUAAUAAAACAUUUGCUGAUGAUGUGA